AUGAAGCUUUAUGCAGCAAAAUUUUUGUGUAUUUUAUAAACGUUUGUAGUCAAAAUUUAAAGAAAUGUAGAUCUUAUUUUCGAUGUCCGGACCGUUGAGUGUAGAAGACUAUGCUUGUUUUUUUAUUUGGUUAGGUAUUUUGUCCAUUUACAUUACACUUCUUACGGUAACUGUUCUCGGAGUCGUAUAUAUUUUGAGGAAGAGACGAUCAUCAAUAUUGAAGAGUCAAAGGCCGCCGCGCACUCCAUUCUCCGAGUUGGAGUUUAAAGUAGCCACUCCGACGGACACGACCAAGAAUCGACGUGUUAGCUUCUCUAGGCGGACGGGUGUUGCAGAGUUUGUCACCAACGAAGCGACAACAACAUGGAAGAACUUUUAUGAGGAGCACAACAAGAGUCUAGAAUCGUCUGGCAAUGAGUCUGCGGCGAACAGACAUCAACCAAUGACAAUAGGACAAAUAGGCAGGUCUAUAUUUGACCAGCAGUUCGAUGAAGUGGUUGCUGUGGAUCUCGGAGGUACUAUCGUACCGACAAACUCGAGACAAGACUUCCAAACAUCCCUAAACCCUGCCAAUUAUACACAACAAGUCGCUGCCUUAGAAUGCACAGGCGAGAGACUCACUUUACCGAAACAGAACUUCGAAUUAAGCGCUCUAACAGACCAACAAAGCAAAUUGUUCGGAAAUGAGUUUACUUGCGCCGGCAUGACCGAAAUGACCAAUCCCAUGAACGUUAACUUCUCCGUCAUGCAGACUCUGGAUGGCAAAUGUGAUGAUUUAGACGAAAUACAGCAGGAUUUGAAACGCGCGCAGCAAAAUGUUAUGUGUCCUGGACCAGUUUUUAGUGGGAAUGUGUCUGAAUAUAUAGAAGUCGAUCUCAAUAUGACGCAUGUUGGUCUGAAAAAUGAUGAGUAUGAUAUGUCCAUAACUGAUACAGUUUGUAGUCCGAAAGUGCAAGAAGUACCCAAGAAAACGCUAAGCAAAAAGUCGAUAAGUGAAUUCAAUAUGGAGGAUAAAGAAAAUCUAGCAGUUAACCCCUACGCACCGCUCAGAGAGUCCGAAAACUUUGCAGUUAACGAAGAAGUGGAUAAAGUAUUAGUGUUUGACGGUAAACGACUGACCGUACAAACAGAGAAAAAGCAAAAAUCAGAACCGCCGCUCAGAAAGACGAUUGUAUUGAACACAGAUGACGAUUUACCGAAUUUCAUGACACCAAUGACGAAAUUGAAUCAUGAUACAGUUUAUUCUGAAGAUAACUUAUCCAUGACGCAAACACUAGAGAGUAAAAUAGAUGUACCCAGACGACAGACGAUAGUUUUUGAAGAUGAUAAAUGCAACAUUUCUAUGACUCAAGCUGUUCCAGCAAAAGUUAUAGUCGCUCCAGUAAUAAGCCAUGAGGAGAAACAUAAAACAAUAGUUUACGAAGAUGAUAAUAUAUCGUUCACACAAGCUUUACCAGCAAAUUUAAUUCCAAGUAAACAUGACGGAACAGUGCACUUUAAUACUAGUGAAAUAUCGUUUACACAAGCGAUACCUCAAAAUAUAGUACAGUCGAAACGACGAACGAUUUGCAACGAAGUUGAUAUAUCCAUGACUCAAGCUAUACCCACCAAUAUAUUGACAAACAAGGAAAAUCAUAAAACAGUAUUAUAUGAUAAUGAUAUGGAGGUAUCCAUGACUCAAGCAGUUCCACAGAAUAUAAUAUUAUCCCAAAUUUCGAAUGACAAGCAAAAAACGGUCGUUUUUAACGAUAGUAAUUGCGAUAUUUCAAUCACAGAAGCUUUGCCGGCGAAAGCGAUUCUGCCGAUAUUAGAAAAUGUAUUAAUUGCCGCGUGUGACACAAAAACGGAAAACAUCGAUAAAUCUCGAAAGGAAAGUUGCUUGAAUAAAACAGAAAUUAAAAAUCAAGAUAUAUCUAUGACACAAGUACUACCCCCAAAUAUAAUACUUUCUAAACAAAAAGAUGAAACUAAAUACGACUUUGAACAGAACAUGUCUACAACGCAAGUUUUGCCGAAUGGGCUUUUAAUAGAAAAUGAAGAACCGGUUGAAAAACCUAAAAAAGAAGAAAUAAUACAUCCUGAUGAAGAAAAUAUGCAUAAACAAGAUAUAAAAGAAGCCAAUAAUGAUAUAAUUAACAAAACAUAUGAUGAAAAGUGCGAUUUGGGUAACUUGUCUCUCGCUAAGCCCAUUCCAGGAGAUAUUCUAAAAACAAAAACUGAUUUGGACAAAACACAAGAAAAUAAGACGCUAAUAAAACCAGAAAAAUAUAUGUGUGAUCAAGACUUUAUAGUGUACCAAUCAAUGGAAUGUAAUGUUAGCUAUAAAAAAGAAAAAGAACAAGAUCUGGAUUAUGUUGAAGUUGAUAAAGUAACAGAAACUGAUUUAUAUAAAUAUUCAGAGGAUACAUUAAAUGAAGAAGAUGAUAAAAAACUUAAAGAAUCUACAACAAAUAUGUCUAAAGAAUUAAAAUAUGAAACUAAUGUAAAGGAAGAAGAUAAUGACAUUGCUGAUAAAUUUACUAGUGGUCCUACCUCGCAUAGUUCAUUAAAACCUAAAAAAUCUAUAUUAAAUGAACUGUUAGACAUGUCCAAUGUGACAUUAGAUCAUUGCGAAGAGAAUGUAAUGGCCGUUGUGGAAUCUCAAGUUGAAAAUGUUAAAAGUGACGCAGUUGAAUCUCCGAAAAUAGAAGACACUAAAAGUGAUACUUCUUCUAAAAGUGGAGUGUUUAUUAUACGAAGAGACAGUAAUUGCGAAAAUACAGAGAUUGUUGAAGUGGAAGAAAAAAUUGAUACUGUGUUAGAUGAACCUCAAAUUGAGAGUCGCAUUCCAGCUCUAGAAUACAAAGUUGAAGGCAAUUGUGAAGACUUAAACAAUACAACAGAUAAAUUAAAAACCGCAACGAAAAAUAUGCAUUACGAAGAAGCAAGUGACGCCAAGUCUGAAAAUAAACUAAAAGAUUCUAACAUGUCGAGAGUAUCAAAAUCUCUUAACGCGGCUGACGAUACAAGGGAACUUUUGCAAAUGCUAUCCGAGUUUACCGAUCGUCGUUCCUUACCACCCAUAAUAGAUGAACCUGAGAUAGAAUAUGAUGAGAAAGUUGAAAUCGACUCAAAGAGUUUAGCAAACAGGCGACCAACAUUGAGCAGAGAGGAUUUGCUAAAUAACAUAUCGAUGGCUCAAGCGGCAUUACAACAGUCGCGAUUUGACGUAGACAGCGAUAGUGUCGAAGAAACAGACGAUUCUGCGGAUGACGUCAUGUCUAUAGAGAAAUCUGGGAGACGAUCGCUAAGAAUCAGUAGCGAUGUGGUCAAGGCUUUACAAUUCGAUGAAACAGCGAGUGAUAUUAAUACAGAAAUGGAUAUAUCGCCGCUCAAGAAAACGGCGUUCGGUGAAACUUCAUAUAUGAAAGAGAGAAAUGAAAAAGCUAAAGUUAUACCGACAUACGAUGUGUCGGACGGUAUAAAGGAACUAAUGAGUGAUCUGGUCAAGCCUCUGGCUGAUGUACAACCGUUCGAAUCUAGUGUUAAGAAAAGUCCAUCGACCGUGAGCACACAGAUUCAAGCAAAUCUCAUCACUUCGAGUCAAAUCGAUUUGGAUGUUGAGUUACAUUCGAAUACAGAAUCUAUGGCGGAUAUUAAGAAAGACGAGGCGUUAAUGGACGAAAUAGCACGCUUGGGCGAUAGAGCUAUUUCUACUAUAUUGAAAAACGCCGUAGCACCUGUGUCUUUGGAUGUGUCUAUGGAGGAAGUACAUCAACCAGAGAGUCCUGAAAGUCCAGUUAAAGAGCAGAAAAUACCGAGAAGAAACCAAUCUAUACCCGGGCAAAUUAUUUACUUCGAUCAGCAUAAUCCUCUUAAUAACGUACUAAUUUCGCCAAUGGAUUAUGAGAACGCUCAUCCGUACAAUCCAAUUAAAUCCCACGAGACAUUAGUACCAGAGAAACGGUCAGUACAGUUCUCAGAUUCGAAAGAAAAUAAAGUCGAAAUUGAAAGAGUAUCAACGCAAUAUAAUGUAGACGUUCAGAAUUUGCCGGCCGGUGACGCGUGUUCAGACAAAAAAGACGAUGAAAAAUGUGAUAUUAAGAGUAUCACAUCUAACAUAAGCAAGCCGCUGUCUAUAGAUCGAUCCACUGAAGGUAUAGCAGCCGAUUUGAAAGAUACAGAAAUAAACACAGAAAUAGUCAUGAAAAAGAAUAAAGAGUUGCUAGAAGCGAACUCGUCUCUAACUCUAGUAGAUGACGCAUUAGCUCGUAGUACUUUUGACGUAGACAUUGAUAGUCGUCCACUUUCUGAAGACGAAGUAACAAGCAAGCAAUCGGCAUUAAGAGUUAUAUACAAAAUGGACAAAAACGGCGUGCUAACUGAAAAAAUAGAGUCGAAUGACGUCAUCGAUCUGACGUCCAACGAAGAGUUUUACGAAGACAUUCAAUCUUCAAAAGCAAGGAAACGUAGCUACAGUCCAACUAAGCAGGAAAAGAAUAAACCGAUAGUCGAAGUAACUCCGAAACCAGUUAGCAAAAUACAGAAGAUUUCCAAAAGUCCAAAUAAUAGUGAAAAGGAAAAGUCGCCUAAGACACUAUCUGAGAAAAGGUCGCCGAAAAAGUCGAAAAGUCUGAAGAAUAGGAAGCCCUCAGUUACAAUACAACAAUUACUAACUGAAUAUAACAUAGUUGAUAUUGAUAGAAAAACAAUUUCGGACGAAGUCGAUCACGCGAUUAAGAACGUUAUGUCCAUAGACUCAGAGUUCAAAGAGAGUGUUCAAACUGUGACGUCAUAUAGCACAGAUGUUCUUAGUGAAAAUACAGAGAGUGCAGCUAAUUUGAAAAAGUAUGAAAGUGAAAUGUCACAGGAUUGGCCGAAAGAAACGUUAAGUGAAGAUAGUUCAAGAAAUUUCUUUAGCGAAUGUGAUUCUAGUUGCAAUGUGGUGGCAAAGCUUAAUAUGCUGCCGUUUAUGGGGAAACCAGACUGCGAAUGGGUGAGCAGUACGGGUGACCUAUGGUCGUUUCUGUUGCUCCGCCAUCGUGUCCGCGUGUCUAUCCGUCUCGCUCACUCCUACCUGAACGCGCCGAGAUCGAGGGUGACGGCAGAUACGGUGGUGUUGGGUGUUAGUGUGGACGCUGUUAGGGAUGAUGAAAAAGACCCGCUUAUAUCGCUAUGCAUUCGCCUAGCAACGGAAUCUAUGCGGUACGAAUGUUCGCGCAACUGCAAUAAGGCGUGUGACGUACCGAGCACAUUGAAGCGAUGCUAUAGCGUCGCGCGUAUAGCGAUACAGUGGGUGAAAGCGAUGCGAGACGCGAUGUAUCGCUUAGCUUUCAGUGUGACCAAGGACGGGGUUGUGACAUUGAAGGUAGCGAACGUGCCGCUCCGUUCAGUUUGGGAGUUGACAAUGAAGAUAGAGUUAAUUGUGGAAGACGCACAAGAAACCGCUUGGCCGAGGGCCGGUAAUAUUGGUAUAACAACAAUAGUGGCAGAUGAAAUGGUUCCCGUGGAAACUUUGCGGCGAGUGGCCAAGUCAGUGCCGCACGACUGGGGACACGCGCCCAGGACUAUAUGGAAAUUAUUCAAGUUUCUCAAACACAAGAUGAGAGAUGAAGAUUUAUGCGGACUCACGAUACUAAAUACGAUAAAAUAUCAUUAGUGUCUACACUCAACAAGACUGAAGCGUGAAGCUGUAGUUAACUCAAACUCAAACUCAUACUCAAACUUAAACCCAAAAAUUCUAACACGCAAUUUCAUUUCAAUUCUCACGUUACAAUAUACACAAACGGUCUUACUAAUAAAAUGUUUCCCAUUCGCUAUGCAAUGGAUUAGUUAUUGCAAUAACCUGUCUUGUUUUUAUGAUUUACGUUUCAUGUGAGCAAGAG